AUGUCGUGGUGGGGACGAAGCCAAGAGAAAAAGCCAGAGGAACCGAAAGAAUCGCCUAAGGAAGAUGGUGCCAAGACUUUUGAUCCUGAGAAGCUCCCAGCUCGACAGAAGCUGCCAACUGGCUUGCAGAAGAUAAUUGACAAGCAAGACCGAGAUGAUAACUUCUUUGAUGAAUUAGUGGACGGGUACGCGCCCGAGUCUACCGAGUCCAACGUUCGUUAUGCCGCCUACGCCACUCGUAUACGCACGAUUUUGCUGUCCGCUCACCGAUAUGUCGCCUACACGUCUGACAUUGGCGAGUCCUUCCGACCCGUUGCCCAUCCUCUCGUAGUUCGUUCGGCAUACGGUAUUUCAUGGCUCUAUAUCCUCGGCGACGUUAGCUACGAGGGCUACAAGGCAUACUGGUCAAACCAGCGCGUCCUCAACCCGCAGCUCCAGCUUACGGAGCGGCAAGCGAAAAUAACGGGAUUGCCGGAUGCAGUCACAGAUGCGACACAUCCAAGCCAGGUCGUCCCCGCUGGCAAGGUUGCGCCCCUGGAUGACUACAGGACGGUUAUGAUCCAGCGUGGUAUUUUCCAGAGCAUUGCCAGUAUGGGUCUGCCUGCCUUCACCAUUCACAGUGUAGUACGAUAUUCUGGCCAAGCCUUGAAGAACGUCAAGAACCCAAGAAUCAGGACCUGGGGACCUAUCGGUCUCGGACUUGCAGUCGUUCCCUUCUUGCCUAGGCUCUUUGACGAACCCGUUGAAAAUGCUGUUGAAUGGAUUUUCCAUAAGGGAUUUGAAGCGUACGGUGGCAAGGAAUUUGUUGGCAACGCACCUACCACAGGCCGCGAGGACCUGUUAGCGAAGAGGCCAAAGGAAAAGGAAUUGUAA